CCCGCCUGCCAGCCGGAUUUGGAGCGCGCGGCGCCGGCGGGGCCGGAGGGGGCGGCGCGGCGGAGACUCCCGUGGCCUCGGACGCUCCUCCUCGCCCGUGGCCGCCGCCGGCCUCCGCCUGCGUCUCCUGCUCCGUCGCCCCGGCCGGGCCCGGCCGCCACUUCCGGCCGCUCACCUGGGAAGAGCUCACCUGCCUCCGGGCGCCUGGGCACCAGGAUGAAGGACCGGCUGGAGCAGCUGAAGGCCAAGCAGCUGACACAGGAUGAAGAUGCCGAUGAGGUCGAGAUUGCUAUUGACAACACAGCUUUCAUGGAUGAGUUCUUUUCUGAGAUCGAGGAAACUCGACUCAACAUUGACAAGAUCUCAGAGCACGUGGAGGAAGCCAAGAAGCUCUACAGCAUCAUUCUGUCUGCACCCAUUCCAGAGCCAAAAACCAAGGAUGACCUGGAGCAGCUCACAACUGAGAUCAAGAAAAGGGCCAACAAUGUCCGGAAUAAACUGAAGAGCAUGGAGAGGCACAUUGAAGAAGACGAGGUCCGGUCGUCAGCAGACCUUCGGAUUCGGAAAUCCCAGCACUCCGUCCUCUCCCGGAAGUUUGUGGAGGUGAUGACCAAAUACAACGAGGCUCAGGUAGACUUCCGUGAACGCAGCAAAGGGCGAAUCCAGCGGCAGCUCGAGAUCACUGGCAAAAAGACAACAGAUGAGGAGCUGGAGGAGAUGUUGGAGAGUGGGAACCCUGCCAUCUUCACCUCGGGGAUCAUCGACUCUCAGAUUUCCAAGCAAGCCCUCAGCGAGAUCGAGGGACGGCACAAGGACAUCGUGAGACUGGAGAGCAGCAUCAAGGAGCUUCACGACAUGUUUAUGGACAUUGCCAUGCUGGUGGAGAACCAGGGUGAGAUGUUAGAUAACAUAGAGUUGAAUGUGAUGCACACGGUGGACCACGUGGAGAAGGCUCGGGAGGAAACGAAAAGAGCCGUGAAGUACCAGGGUCAGGCGCGGAAGAAAUUGAUAAUUAUCAUUGUGGUAGUGGUUGUGUUGCUGGGCAUUUUAGCAUUGAUUAUUGGACUUUCCGUUGGGCUGAAGUAAGGGCGGCCCGGGAGGCUGCCGCACUGAAAUGUGUGUGGCUUGUGGCUGAGACUUACUGUCUCUCUUCACCGUCACCCUGGGCGCUGACCAGCUCCUCCUCCCCCUGCCUCUUGUAGAGCCCGAUUUCACCCCAGCCUGGUGUGGCCACCUUUGUCUCAGAUGGGAACGGAGUGUGAAUGGCCUUCCUGAGAGAGAGUGGGACCUGUUCCUUUGUUUCCUUGUAACCACCCUUGGACCCGACCCAGCAAACCCUAAACCAGGAGGAAUCUGAGCUACCGGAUGCAGCCCUCAGAAUCUUCUCCAGUCCCACCACCUCUGAAGCACCUUCUCCUGGACUAUAGGAACCAACCCAGCUUCUCUUUCUCCCCUCUGAUGUGUCAAAUCAUGUCCUGCACCUUGGAGAGCCUACCUGAGACCUCCCCAAGGUGCUGUAUUUUCUACCUCAUGGAGUGUUCCUCUCCCCAGAAUUGCAAUUUUUUUUCUUUUUUUUUUUUAAGGGGGAUAUCUUUAACAAAGCAAGGGGAUUCUUCCAAGUUUGGCAACAAUAAGGCUUGGACCUGAGUCUUCUACCUGGCAGGAUCCCAGUCCUCCCAGCUUGCUGUGCCUAUCCUGAAAGUAGUCGGGACGGGCAGAGGUCAUUUUGGUCUUAGAAGCUGACUUCUUUGAAAUUCAGCCUUAAAUUAAGCUCUUAGUGUGUUCAGACCAACUUCUAUCUCUGUCUAUGUUGUACUCCUCCAUGUUGCCUCAAGGAGGCGCCACCCUGAGACAGUCACCUGAGGUUACCAUCUGUAAAGGUUGGGGGUAUGGGGUAAUUGUUUCUGUGUGUCAGCCUUGGGAACUGGCUGUUUACUGUUAGAGUGAUGCUUUGUGAAGCCAUUGCCUUGAGACCCAGAAUAACCAGGCAUUAAAAUUAGGCCAGGGAUGAGGUGCCUGGGUCUCAGGCUCUGGGGGAAUGUUUCAGACUAGGGUGAGUAUGCAUAUUCAGUCAUUUCAUGUGGUCCAAAUGUAUUUUUAUAAUCGUGUGUGUGAGAUGUAUGUACCUAUAUGCAUGUGUCUCAGGAAGCAAGAAACUGGAAAUGAGGAUAUUAUAACCUCAAAAAAAUAACCUGAGCUGAGGCUAAAAAUUGGGUAAGAGACAUUUGCUUACCUGUGGAUGAAUCACAGUAGAAAUGUGAUCUUCCCACGUCAUCGGGAAAGCUGCCGUUUUCUACGCAAGCGCUUGGAGAAUCACAGACGGUUGGGGUGAGAAGGGAGUUGAACCCUGUUAGAUUUUUAGCACACAGAAGGUGUGACAAGCUCGACACCUCUUGCUGCCUGGGCUAGGCUUGUCCUGAGAACAUCCCACAGCAAUCUGAUAUCAUUCAUGUGACCUUUGGGAUGUCCUGUCUCCAGGACUGAGCCAGCUGGGGGAGGCCAAGGUCUCCAUAGCAGCUCUUCCUGCUCCCAGGUUAAUAAGCUUGAUAGAUUCUUUGUCACCCCCACUUGUCAUGGAGGAAACAGCCAGGAACUUUGUCAGUGUAGUGACUGUGCUUAGCCAGUGUGAGCCCCUUAGGUUCCCUGCUGGUCUCUGAUAUUUCAGCUUUGACUUUAAUGUUCUCUAGGAUAGGGCGAGUACCCUAACCCAGGCAUGGCCCACUGGCUUCCUUUGCAAAGGCUGCUUACUCCCAGUCAUUGCCCAGCACUUGGACAGAGCCAAGGGGACCCCUUCUUGCCUAUGGCUGUGAUGUCCGACAGGCCUCACUCCAGCAACGAGGGCAGACAAGCUCUAAUCACAGACCUUUGCUUUCCUGAGGUUGGGGCUUACAGUUUGGAAUACAACAAGUGAAGGGUUUUUUUGUUCUUUGUAUUUUUUUUUUUUUAAUGUAAACUUGAUUAUUUUAUUGCUAAUUUAAAAAUAAAUGACUUUAUAUUGAUUGUGAAACAGUUCUGGCUCCACGUCCCUGUAAAACACGUAGUGAUUGGCUGCCACUGUGUGGUGGCUUUUGUUUGGGUUUUGGAAAGGGGUUAAUUUUUCUUUUUUUAACCAUGUGCUAGAGCAGAUAGAUCGAAUGAUCUAAUUUUUGAAAAUGGCUUAACUCUCAAAGAAUGCACUGUAACUGUAUUUGUGUCUUAGAUUUCAAGUGCUCCCCCCAUCAAAGACUUUGGUUUACUCACUGAGAGUAUUUGGCUCUUGGGGGGAAGUGGGGUAAGGCUGAUGUGAUAGUAGCUGGAGGGCAGGACAACAUACAAAACGUCCUCUGAGCUUGCUGUUGAUCUGAUUUUUGAAUCUCUCACCGAGAAGUAACACUUCUUUUAGCAUCCUGGGUUCUAGAGGCCAGAUCCAUCUCCCUUUCCAUCUCUGCUUCCAUGCCCAGACCCACCCUUGUCUCCCUUCCUUUGGAACCCUCUCUGUGGUGACACUGCUUCUCACGUGCUUUUUCUUUCCUUGUCUGGAU